AUGCUCUCUACAUUUUCCAAAAUAAGAUAUAGUUCUACUAUCCAAACUGCACGUAUUUUACGUUUAUACUCCACAUUACCAUUAAGAGUACCAAUCACUCUACCAAAUGGCAUAACUUAUGAACAACCAACUGGCCUAUUUAUCAAUGGUGAGUUUGUUUCAUCCAGACAACAUAAGACUUUUGAAGUCAUUAAUCCAAGUACUGAGGAAGAAAUUACACAUGUUUACGAAGCUCGUGAAGAUGAUGUAGAUCUUGCUGUCGAAGCUGCAAAACAAGCCUUUGAUAAUGGCUGGUCUACUGCUGAUCCAGAAUUUAGAGCACAAUGCUUAUACAAAUUGGCUGAUUUGAUUGAAAAAGAUUCUGAGGUAAUAGCUGGCAUUGAUUCUUUAGAUAACGGGAAAUCUUUAUUCUGCAGUAGGGGUGAUGUUUCCUUGGUUAUAAACUACUUAAGAUCCUGUGCCGGCUGGUGUGACAAAAUUUAUGGUAAAAUCAUUGAUACUGGGUCUUCUUAUUUCGCAUACACAAAAAGAGAACCAUUGGGUGUUUGUGGCCAAAUUAUUCCUUGGAACUUCCCAAUUCUAAUGUGGUCUUGGAAAAUUGGUCCUGCAUUGGCCACGGGUAACACUGUUGUUUUAAAGCCAGCUGAAGCCACUCCAUUGUCCGCUUUGUAUGUUUCUCAGUUAGUUAAAGAGGCUGGUAUUCCAAAAGGUGUCGUUAACAUUGUUCCUGGUUUUGGUAAGAUUGUUGGGGAAAAGAUUGCUACCCACCAAGAUGUUAAGAAAAUUGCAUUUACUGGUUCUACUGCUACUGGUCGUCAUAUUAUGAAAACUGCCGCUGACACCAUUAAGAAAGUUACAUUAGAAUUGGGUGGUAAAUCACCAAAUAUCGUUUUCGCUGAUGCCAACUUAGAUAAAGCCGUGAAAAACAUUGCCUUUGGUAUCUUUUUUAAUUCCGGUGAAGUUUGCUGCGCUGGUUCAAGAGUUUACGUUCAAGACACUGUUUAUGAUGAAGUUUUACAAAAAUUUAAGGAGUACACGGAAAGUUUGACAGUUGGUAACCCGUUUGAAGAAGGAAUUUUCCAAGGUGCGCAAACUUCUCAAAUGCAAAUGGACAAGAUCAACGAAUAUGUGAAGAUUGGUACUGAAGAAGGUGCCCGUAUUGUUACUGGUGGUGAAAGAGUCGGCCACAAGGGAUAUUUUUUCAGACCAACUGUUUUUGCUGAUGUCCAUGAAGAUAUGAGGGUGGUCAAAGAUGAAAUUUUUGGUCCAAUUGUUACCGUUUCUAAAUUUUCCACUGUUGAUGAAGUUGUCUCUAUGGCUAAUAACAGUGUUUACGGAUUAGCUGCUGGUAUUCAUACUGAAGAUGUCAACAAGGCUAUUGAUGUUUCUAACAGAAUCAAAUCCGGUAUUAUCUGGAUUAAUGGCUACAAUAUGUUUCACCAAAGUGUUCCAUUUGGUGGGUUUGGUCAAAGUGGUAUCGGUUCUGAAAUGGGUUCUGAAGCUUUAUUAAAUUAUACUCAAGUCAAAGCUGUUAGAAUGGCUCUUGAAAAGAAAAAUUGA